AUGGAUCCGCAGCCCCGCCGCCGGUGGCCGUGGCAGUGGCUUUGCUCCGCCCGCCCCGCCGCGGCCCAGCUUCGCGCGCCGGGGAGGGUGGGGAUGGGGACGCCGGCGAGAAAGGGAGGGAGGGCGCGCGCGCCGGCAAGGGAGGGGAUGGGGCGCCACCGCCCCGCCGUGGCCUGUCGCGGUGACGCGCUCUUCCCGGACAGCCUCCGCCGCCGCCCAGCGCUUCUCCUGGCCGCGCUGCUGCUAGUGCUUCCGCGUUGGGCCGGCGCCACCACGGACUCCGAGCGCCGGGCGCUGCUAGACAUCAAGGCCGUCAUCACCGAGGACCCGACCGGGGGUGCUCGUGAUGUGGACGCCGUCGGGGACCCUUGCACCUUCGUCAUGGCGUGGUGCGAGCGCCGCACCGAGGUGGUCAGCCUCUGCUCGGAGUUCCUCAGCGGCGGGACGGACUCGACGGUGACCCUGCUGGAGUGGAUCAUGGCCGAGCUGGUCAACCACUUGGACGCGUAGGCCAAGGUGUAAGAGGAGGUCAGAUCCAAGUCAGAGCUCAACGAAGGCGACCUCCAGGAUAUGCCCUACCUCAAGGCCGUCAUGCUGGAGGGCCUGCGGCUGCACCUGCCGGGCCACUUCCUCCUCCCGCACGGCGUGCGGAGCGACGCCGACAUCGGCGGCUACCGGGUGCCCAGGGGCGCGGAGGUCAACUUCCUGGUCGCCGAGUUCGGCCGUGACGGGGCGGCAUGGACAGCGCUGCUGGAGUUCCGGCCGGGGCGGUUCCUGGACGGCGGCGAGGGCUGCGACGUGGACAUCACCGGGAGCAGGGAGAUCAAGAUGAUGCCUUUCGGCGGCGGCACGGCGGCACGGGCGGCGCGGGGAAGGGCACGAGCUAGUGGGAGAGGUUGGCGGGGUGCUGAGGGAAUGACAGGUGGGGCCCAACUAUCAGUUGAAAAAAUGGAAGCCCAAUUUACUCGGUAUGCUGGAGUGGAGGUCUAUAUUUGGGUGAGCAAAAUUUAG